GGACGCGAUUAUUCGCUCAUAUUAGCCUAUAAGGCAGGCGGCAGCAGCACCCUGGCGUCUCCUGGCCAAGGAGAGCGAUCCAACGCCGAACCAAAACCAAUCCCACACCAACACAAACGCAGGUUGGCCCUCGCCGCUUCUCCCACUUCGCGUCGCUAGGGUUUUGCGAUUAUUCGCCAAUUAGACGAUCGGGGAGUCAUGUCGGAGAGGCAGCAGUCGUCGGAGCCCGAGGAGCAGAUUGACCUUGAUGGGGAUAACGACAUCGAAGAGGAGGAGGACAUGAUGGAUGAGGAGGACCCUUUGGAGGAGGAAAAUGUGUACUCAAAUGUCGGGGAGGAGUCCGGCGGGGAGGAUGUUGAGGGACGUGGCUACGGAGUGGGCAGUGGCAAUGAUGAAGAUGGAGAUGGAGAAGCUGGUAGAACCGGAAGGCGUGAAAAAGUUUCAACUUUGGCAAGUGUUACUGAUGAUGCGCCAGAAUCUAUGCAAGGAGGUGUUGAAGAGGAAGAAGAAGCUGAGAAGCAAGUUGAAACUGAGGAUGACGAGGAGAGUAGGAAGCGUGCUGAAUUGCUCUCUCUUCCCCCUCAUGGCUCAGAGGUUUUCAUUGGUGGGCUGCCACGUGAUGCCUCUGAGGAGGACCUUAGAGAUCUCGCUGAACCAUUUGGAGAUAUUUUUGAGGUAAGGAUAAUGAAGGACAAGGAUACAAAAGAAAGUAAGGGUUUUGCUUUCAUAAUGUUUACAAACGGUGAUGCAGCUCAUAAAGCCAUUGAAGGGAUUCAUGAGAAAGAAUUCAAGGGACGAAAACUGAGAUGUUCCUUAUCACAAGCUAAGCACAGAUUAUUUGUUGGAAAUGUGCCUAAGAGCUUGACAGAAGAAGAGCUGAGGAAUAUCCUUGAGGAAAGUGGUCCAGGGGUUGAAAAUGUUGAAAUUUUUAAGGAUCCACAAAAUCCAACACGUAACCGAGGUUUCCUUUUUGUUGAGUACUACAACCAUGCCUGUGCUGAAUAUGCAAGACAGAAAAUGACGACUCCAAACUUUAAGUUGGAUGGAACUAAUCCCACUAUCAGCUGGGCUGAUCCUAAAAACUCAGCAGAUUCCUCUGCUGCUUCUCAGGUGAAGGCUAUCUAUGUGAAAAAUUUGCCGGAGACUGUCACCUCUGAGCAACUGAAGGAACUUUUCGAAAGUAAUGGAGAGAUCACAAAAGUCGUUUUGCCGCCAGCUAAAGCUGGGCAGAGCAAGAGGGACUUUGGAUUCAUUCAUUUCGCAGAGAGGUCUAGUGCUCUAAAAGCCGUUAAAGGAACUGAAAAAUAUGAGAUUGACGGGCAUACAUUAGAGAUCUCCCUUGCCAAGCCUCAGACAGACAAGAAAAAUGAUCACAGUUCGAAACCCGGACUUCUUCCGAAUUUCCCGCCAUACCCCCCUUAUGGCUAUCCAGGGUCUUAUGGUGCUGGAGGAUACGGUGCAGGAGGACUCGGUCAGCCAAUGAUAUAUGGCCGAGGACCAAUGCCUGCCGGCAUGAGAAUGGUGCCAAUGAUGCUACCUGAUGGUCGCCUUGGUUAUGUCUUGCAACAGCCUGGCACACAGCCCCCUCCGCCGCCGCCACCUCGUCGCGGUGACCGCAGCAGUGGAUCAAGCGAUAGGGGAAGUCGGGACAUAGAUGGUAACCGCGGGCGCCGCUACCGCCCUUACUAAGAGUCAGGUAGGCAGUUGCUUUGCUAUACUGUGUCCUAAUACUUGUCUAGGGGUUUUGCAUCUUGGUAGUCAUCAAUUUGACAUUGUUGAAUCAUCAAAUGGAGAAGAAAUGAAGACUCUAAUGAUGGUUGUACUUAAACCUACAUCAUAAUCAAGUACUUUAUGGGGCCGUUUAUGGUUCUAACUCAA